AUGGACACCGGGGCUGCCGGCAUGCAGCAGCAGCAGCCAGAUGAGUCGACGUGGGACGAGAUCGAGUCCAACUACUUCAACUCGAUGCGGCAGCACCGGGAGCUGGAGGACCGCAAUCUCGAGGCCGACUUCCAGCACCAGAGCGCCGCGCUCAAGGCGCAGCUCGUCGACAACUACAACGCGCAGCACGAGCUGCUGCGCAAGCUGCACGCGCUCAAGGCCGAGUACGAGGCCAAGGAGACGGCGUUGAAGGCGCUGGACCGCGAAUUCGACGCGGUCAUGCGCGAGAGGCAGAGAGAGAGGGAGGCUGAGGAUGAGGACCGACGCCAGUGGUUCAGGCGGUUUCGACGGGGGGGUUUGGCGUAUCGCGUUGCGCAGAGGGAUGCCAGUGAGCAGGAGGCGGAGAGUGAAGCGGAGCAAGACCGAGCUCAGGGCCAGGACCAGGACCAGGACCAACAUCAACCACAGCACCACGCUAGUAUCAACCAAGGCCAAGACCAAGACCAAGACCAAGAUCAAGACCAAGAGCUGGGAAGGACCGAGGAGGAAGAGAACGACGAGAUUCUCUCGAGGAAGACUGCCGACGAGGCAUUGCCGCACACCGCGGAGGCCCCCUCCAGCAGGCAAGAGCAGGCAACGCCUUCGGAUGGUGAUAGUGAAAUGCGCGACGCCGGAGCACCGCUUAGUGAGCUCCAAGUGCCGGACAAAGAGGUGUCGGAUACAGAAUCGCCGGCUGAAGAGCAAGCGGGUGAAGAUUCAAGUGCCGCAUCACUACACAGCAAACACGUGGAAGAUGCCCGGCCCGACGAGAGCGAACUACCGAAUGGUGGGGAGCCAGCCAGCACUCGAAAUGAACAGCAGACGCUCGUCAGCCAACAUGGCAUGGAGGUUGCUAUCCCUCAAGAAGAAGACAGGCCCAACGGAAUCGACGCGGUUGGCGGCGCUGAGAACAUGAACGAUGUUAUGGAGCCAAGCGCCGACUUGACGACCUUGUCACCCAGGCCCUCCGAGAUAUCUACAUCUGGCCAUCCUCGUGAAGAUGCUGCUAUCGACGAUCUCACGCCUGCUGAAACCACUCAUACCGAGCCACCUGUCGAACACGCGGCCGAGCUCGCCGACAUGGACGUCGAGAUGGGCGAUGUUCAGGAACAGUCUGAGAAGGUCGUAGAUAUUAUUGCUGGCAAGCAUCCCAGUGAGCCCGCGCAAAUGGUGGUGGCAGCACCCUCGCCCUCAUCGUCGUCGGAGCUCAGCUCGCGCCACACGACUCCGACGUUGGAUACUCCAGAGCUGAUGGCCGUGGCACCAAGCCAACCGCCAAGCCCAGUAAAUAUCGCUUCGGCCGGGGUCGAGGUGCUGAGCGCAUCGGGCGAGCUCAUAGGAACUAUACAACCGCCCGACAUCGACAACUAUUACAUGAGCCGCCUCACCAUCCGGCCCAUUAAGCGCCAACUCGAGCUUCGUCCGACUAAGAAGUUCUCCGCCGAGGACCUUGACGCUGUACCGCGUCCCGAGACCAGCGACGCUCGGGCGUUCAAGUUUAUCAGCUUGUAUGUCCAAGCUACUGGGGAGGAGCAAGCCCGGCCGUGCGCCGACUGUGCGCUGAACCACGGACCUUUCCAGGGCUGUGUCAUGGUCGACGACGCCGAGUUUAAUCGAUGCGGAAACUGCGAGUGGAACAAGCGCCGCUGUCACGGGGCCUCUCUGGAAGCGCCCUCGACCUCGCGUAAACCUCUCCCGAGCAAGGGCAACACAACCGGCAAGUCCCAAACCAACCAAGCUAAGCCACGCGUGUCCAGUGGCGGGUUCACGGCUGUGAACAGCAAGACGGCGAAGCAAACGGGCAAGGCAAAGGAGGAAGACAGCGACGACGAGGAGGCCAAGGAGAUCCUUCCCGGGACGCCGAAGAAGGCGCCCCGGAAGUCGCUUCCAUCAGCUCGGAACAAACCCAGGCCUUCGACACCGCAGAAUGCAUCCUUCCAGGCAGACGAGCAGCUCCCGGAAAUCACCAAAGAUGUGCUCUGCCUCCGGGACGACGGGGUUGUCUUCACAGACCCGCCGUUGCUGCGCGGGGUGCCCCUGGAGAAGAUCACGCCGGAGCACCCGUACUGGGACAAGGACUGGGAGCCCAUUGAGAAGCUUGUGGAGCCGAUCAUGAAGAGGCACCAAGAACGUUACGAACAGCUAGAGAAGUCCGGCUCAACGCACAGGGACAAGCACUUGGCUCAUAGAGACGCCAAGCGCGGCCGUACCAUACUUCGGUUUCUGGAAGAGGGUGAGCUGCAUCCGUAUCAGCUUGUGGGGAAGGAUUACAUCACUCCCAAGUUCACCCACUACGACACGCUGUUCCGGCUGGCACAGCUCCUGCUCGAGGAGCUGCCCAAGAUGGGGCUCGAUGUCAAGCCGUCCGAGUGGUUGCGCCAGCGCCUGCACGAGGUUCUCACGGAGAGGGGAGACAAGUUCAACCUGGCCACCUGGCUGGAGAAGGCAUACCACGACCACAAGCUGGAGCAGCUCCGCGACAGGAACGGCUUCCCCCGCGUCGGCCGACCCCCGGCCCACGUCACCCAGAAAAGGCUUGCCGAGUCCGGAUCCGGCAUCAGCAGCACCAAGAAGAGUGCUCCUCGGCCGCCUAAGCGCAAAGAGCCGCACGCCACCCCCGAGACGGCGGCCGUGUCCACGCCGAGCAAGGCCAAGGCCGUAGCCGCGGGCAAAGCGUCUCCCGCGGCGGAGAAGGCAAAGCCGAAGAAGAUCAAGAUCGUCACAAACGGCCAGAGCCAGUCGGGCAGCGAGACCUCGCCGGCAUACAAGAAGCCGCGCAUCAUCCUCAACACGCCGGUGCCGCCCUCGGCCAUGGACGAAAAGGCCCCGCAGCAGCACCGGAGGACCUCCUCCCUGGCCUCAGCGCUCGAGUACGACGGCUACACGUCGUCCGACUCGAUCAGCGAGGACCCGCUGACCAAGGACGACUGGCGGCUGUACCAGGUCAAGACGCGCACCUUCGCCAGCAACCCGGGCGUGACGCAGUACUGGCACUGGGUGCGCAAGGGCAAGAUCGCCGACCGCAUCGUCGAGCACCAGGUGCUCGAGAGCGUGCGUCCCACCAACUGGGCCGUCUUCAUGGAGCCCUACAACUUCCACCUCAACCCGCCCGACAUCGAGGAGGUGCUCUUCGCGAGGGGCAGUACCAGGGUCGUUGUCAAGCACAAGCCGGGCAAGGACGGCGUCGAUCUGCACCCGCGCGGCGAUGUCAUGGCGCAGUUCAAGCGGGAGAGGACGAAGCGCAGGUUUUUGAGAUUUCUCAAGGAGGAGAAGCAGGUUAGGCUUGUUGAGGUGGGCGAAGCCGCGACUUUGGGUCCAACUCCUCCACAUACAUACACCACAACCUCGCCGACCCUUACAAUGCUGUAUGAGACGAUUGGCAUUGUCCGCCCGGGCAACCUGAACGAGGUGAAAGAAAUCGUCCUCGCCGCAGGCCAGCUCAUCCUCCGCCAGGGCGGUGUGAUCCGCGACAUCUCCAACUGGGGUGUCUUCCACCUGCCGCGCGCCAUCUCCCGCAACCAGACGCGCCACACGCGCGGCCACUACUUCGUGCUGCGCUACGACGCCGGUAUCCGCACCCACCAGGACGUGACCAGUACGCUGCGCGUCGACCCGCGCGUGAUACGGGCGGGCGGCGUGAAGCUGGGCGACGGCAAGCUGGAUACGCUGAGUAAAUUCGGCGAGGUGAAGUGGAGGAGUAUGGAGUGA